AUGGUCCCUCUUCCGCUCUUCAAACUUGCUUCUCUUUUUGUCCGCCAUGUUUCCAAAUAUGGAGCCAAUCGAAUCAAGUCACAAGCCCACGACCACCCUCAGUUCCGCGCGUUCGCUGCCAGAUACGGCCAGAAGAUUCACCAGCUGAACAUGAGGCUGUCCGUCGCAUCAUUACGAGACGUGGACGCAGAACGUAAGGCAAGAGAGAAAGCCGAGGCGCCAACCGUCAAGACGAGGGAGCAGGUGGAGAAGGAAGACCAAAUGAAAGCCAAGUAUGGAAUAACAGCGAAAAGCGCAAGCAAAUCGAGGAGCCUUCUGAGCCCCAGCGUAUGGAGACGACAAUUCAAACCCUUGCCAGAAGCGAAGGCUGUCGACCUAUUUGCGGACGUCAUAGGAGACGGGUUCAUCCUCCUCGUUGCUGCGACCCUGAUCAUCUACGAGACUUGGCGCUCGUCAGUCAAACCGGACAGGAACAAGGAGAUGAUCGAUGAGCUGAACAAGCGCUUUGAAGAACUGCAGAACAGGGAGAAAGACCACGAGCAAGAGGAAAAGCGACAACAGAGCAGGAUAUUGCAGCUGGAGGAGGCACUGCGAAACUACAAAGACCCCAAGACCAAGCAGCCUUUGCUUCCAUCACCGACACCAGCAGCGUGA